GACACAGGUCUAAUAGAGCCGUGAACUUUCUCUCAAAGUGAAGUCAUGUCAAACAGACUGGUGGAAAUGAGGAGAGCAUCCUUUCUCUCACAGCUGUCACAGGAUUAGCCACUCCUCCGUUAGCAUUAGCAUACUGAUGAGAGCUAACAACAGUGUCGCGAUUUGAAAACAUGGCAGGGGACAUCCGCGGAUUUGCGUUGGAAAAAGUCGAGUUUAUUUCAAGUCGCUUGAAGGAUCUACUGUCUUCCGGAGAAGGCUAUGUCCGAACACAUUUUGGGCUGGACCUGGGUCUGAAAGCGGAGCAGUACUCUCCGUGGGUGAUCUUAUUCACGGCCGCCGCGGGGCUGCUGAUGCUGGCCGCGUCCUGUGCCGCUGUCUGCGGUGGUUUGCUUGGCGGGAAGAAGAGGCGAUCUCUGGCCACAUCAUCACAGGGAAGCACGGAGCCCCACAAGGCCGCGUUGACCAAAAACAAUACCAAGACAGAGGAGCUGAGGAGGAAAAACAGAAAGAAGCUGACAGAAAAGAAGAACCCAUCUAAUGGGCAACCAGUGUCCAUAUCAGAAGAAGAGUUUCAAGAAAAUGAGAAAUCGUCACCCAAGACUAAAGUAGAAAAGUUUCUUGUGGCCCAGGAACCAACACAGGUGAAGAAAAGCAAAAAGAAACCCAAGCCUGAUGUGAAACCAACUCAACAAAUGUUUACAGCUGAAGGAAGGGAGCAGGAUGAUGGUGCAUGGGAGACCAAAGUGAGUAACCGAGAGAAGAGACAGCAGCGCAAAAAGGAGCGAGGUCCCGAUGACUCAGGAAGCCCAGGAGGUUGUGUGGUCCUUAGGGCUUCUGCAGAGGGACUGGGGAGCAAGACAACCAAGAAGAACAAAAACCAUGAUUCCCAGCUUUCAAAGUCUUCUGGAAAGGGGGAUUCAAGUGGAGCUGCAUCCAGAUGGAAUGAAGAAGCCUUGAACAUCAAUGCAGGAUGGACAGACAUGUCUCUAAAAAUGUCCGCCAAAAUGGGGGCAUUGGAUGGGCCAAAGUGGAGUGCCAUUCCCGCAACCCAGCCCUGGACACAGGAAACCCAAGCAUGGAGUGGAAUUGAGAGCAGAAUGAAGAAUGACCUCAGCCCAGUGUCAUUCUCAAUGUUAGGACUAAGCACAGCAGAGUCCACUGCCAGUUCGAUUGAGCAGUGGACAAAUCAAGUUCCAGAGGAUGAAUGGUCAGGAUUCAAUGGGAUAACCGCUGUGGACCCCUGCUCUGACUGGAACGCCCCGGUUGAACACUGGGGUAAUUAUGAAGAGCCACCUGCAGUGGAACCCCCAGCUUUCCCACUGAAGGAACAAGCAGGCAUGAUCAAGAUGUCUGAUGAUGAGAAGGACAGUGAAGAUCCUUCUGAGGGUUCAUCCAAGUCCAAAAAGAGAAGAAGAAAGAAGAAAAAGACUGAAGAGGAAACUCCGUCUGUGUCUCAGAUGGUGAGCUCUGUUCUCAAACAACAGGAGCUUUCAGUGCAAGUUUCUCAUAAACCCAGCAUAUCUCCUGCUCAGAAGAAGCCUGAGGAAAUGACAGAUCCUCUGAAGCCCACACAAAAGAAAAAGGUUAGAAAAGAAACAUGAACUCUCGCCGCAGGUCACAAACUGCUUAUGCAACUGAUUGUUUUACUUGCAAUAAUUACCAGGUUCUAAAACAUUAUCAAACUAUUUAACAAACCAAGCAGUGGAGGUUAACUGCUUGACUGAAUAUUGUCACAAAUGGUGGUCCUAUGGACUGAAGUCUUAACAAAAUUGCACUAUUUGCUACACUGUAACAUUUCAGGAGAUGGUUGUACAUUAUAUCAUACUUAUUAAUUUGAGUCGGUUUCUUCCCAAAAGAUCAAAAUGUGUUUGAUUAUUUUGUAUUUAAUAUAAGUGGGGUUUUACUACCCUUUGUGUUGCACCUAAUUUAUUUUUUUAUUCUGCUGCUGACCUCAUCAAGUGAGUUUAUCACUUACAUUUUUUCCAGAUUUGUUUAAAAAGUAUAUAUGUUACAUUGUUUGCUUUGCAGGGAUUUGGUAACUUUUUAAUUGGAUUAAAAACAAAACAACUCAUUCAACAGACAUAUUCCAUUGAGCAUUUUAUUUAUUUUAAAACUGGCAGCUGGUGUCAGAGGUAUUUAUUUUUUUAUGAAUUAGUUUGAUUAAAUAGCUAUGUAGAAAAAGCUUUUCUGCAAUUGGUUUGCUGACAAACAAUAGUAGUAACUAAUGAGAGCCACCAGAGGGCACUGCAGUGUUAAAAUACUGUUAAAGCACUGCUAAAUGUCCCUUACUGGACAUUGAACACCAUCAUAUAUUAUAUUUUCUGAAGCAGAAUGUCUUUUGUUGAUAUUAAUCCUUGUGAUGAUUUUCUUCUGUGUUACUUCCAUUAUUGUACUAGAAAAAGCCAUGCCGUGUACAGAUCUAAGGGCUUUUUCAAACACUUCUGCGACUGCACUGUGCAAAAAGCUGUAACAUGUUCCUUUUGAUGUUGAUUUUUAUCGAUGAUUUUAUCGUUGAUUGUUUGUACUUUUUUUGCUGAAUGUGAAAUGUGUACAUUUUUAAACUGACUUCCAAGAUUUGAAGACAAAGGUUUUAGACUGAGAAGACAUAAUGACUGAAACAGAGCAGCUUUACUUUAACUUCAAGGUUAAAAAAAACAAUGACACUUAUUCAGAGGAGUUGAUUCUGUUGCCUUAAUAUGUACAGUCGUUUUGCAAGUUUUGAUGUCAGACUGGUUCUACUUGCAUGACCUUAAUAAUAGUCCUAGUGGAAAUGAAUUGAAAUGAUCCGCUUUAAUUGUGUGGUCCACUUAUUGUAUAUAAUGUGCUUUUUUAGAGGGACAGAUUUCGUGGGCGUCCAGUUUAGCAGAUAGAUAUUACCACAGCUGUGUUGUUGGUAGGCCUUAGUGCAGUCAGCUUUUAAUCGACUGGUAUGUGAACUCUGACCCUAGAUGUCCUUAGGCCUGAUGAGUUCUGUUUUUACUAAUGCUAAAUCAAACAAUGUAUUUAUAAAAUUGUUUUAGAAAAAAUGUUUUUGUCAAUGAACACGAAUGGCAUUUUUAUGUUUGUUUGUUAAAGAAACAUUGGAAUAAAUUGUAAUGCUUGAUCUCA